UACUUUUAAGAAUCACACUGUGAGGAAUACACCUGAUCUAAUGUAUCAUUACCAUUGCGGAAAGAGUUUUGAAGAACUCUUGUUUAUUAUUAUAGAGGUAAGAAAAGCUCCAUUAAAUCAAGAUGCCACAAAUAUAAGACAGCUAGUAGGAGAGGACAUUAUGGGACGAGUUGGAGGAGAGCUUCUUGGCCAGUUAAAAUACUCUGUAUUCUAUCCCAGUUCUCUUGGCAUCCUUUGCAUGGAAACAAAAUUGGUUUUUGUUCUCCUAAAAAUAUCAGAAGAGCAUUUAAAGAGCUUACAUUCAGGAGACAAGAAGACAUCAGAGGAUCCAGGGAAGAUUAUGUACACUGAGCCGUUUGACAUUUUAAAAGCAGAGGACAGGAUAAAAAUGGCAGAUUUUCUGUUCUGGUUAGGAUUUGUUCAAGAUUCAAGCAAAUACAAGUUUUUCUGACAGUACACUCACACCUUGUUAAUCCAGCUGCUCGUGUUCC